GAAAUGACGCUUUUACACUAAUCACUGUGCUCACGAUCACUGUACACACUUGGCAGAAAAGAGAAAAAAAUUAAUUGAAUGCGCAGAUAAUUAACAGUUGUGAUAUAAUGAGUGAGUUAAGUGAUGGCCAUGUCAACUGAUUUUUUAUUUCCGAAGAAGAAAAGUGGCAAUGUGAAAAUGUAAUGUUGUCACUCAAAUUAAGGUAUUGUGCUCUGUAUGGACAGAGGUUGAUAUGAAAGGUAAAUUGAAAAGUAUUACAAAUAUCCUAUAUUAUCUACAUUCUAGAGAUAUGUAAUUUCCUGUCAAGCCAAUCUUGUUUAUGAAAGAUGAAAAUAUGUGGAAGAUAUUGUAAAGGAAAAACUGUAAUUUAAAUGAAUGAUAGUAAAAAAAAAAAAAAAAAAGGUAAAUGAUACAUAACCAUCUGAGAUAGCUUUGUGAUUUUAGCGUAGACCGUGUCCUUCGGAGCACAAGUGCUGCACAAACGGGAAAAUGAUGUCGUCGUUCCACCAUUGAAAUUCUCCUUCCUCACCACUGCACCUCUCUGGAAGCAGCUGCUUCUGCCUGUUUAAAUCUGCACUGCAGUGCCUCUUCAGGCCAAAGCAGUAGAGCCCCAGGUGUGACCCUGUGAGUUUAUCUGUUAAAGGGCGGAGGACGGUGAAAGGAAAUUGCUUUCCUGAUCCCCUGGGCCUUGACAGGCAGCUCAUCCUCUCCGCAGCCCCCGUGGUUGUUUAUGGGUCAUGGCUAAAGUUAGACGAGAGCGGAGCAGCCCCUCCGCUCUACACCCCCUCCCCUUCUUUUAUGAGUGUGUGGCACCAGCAUGACUGCCUGCGUCAGCUGGCCGGGAUGGGAAGUGGGUCGUCGCAUGAAGGAGAAGGUAUGCGGGAAAGUGGGCAAGCAGAGAAUCUCCCUCUGUAGAAGGUGCACAGGUAACGCACCGCAGACGGGGUCUGGCGCAAGCCGUAACUGUGAGUAUGUGUGUUCAUUUAUAGUAAAGCUUGCAUAGUGUGUGUUUUGUUUUUUAUGAUCAGCCCUAUUAAAUAUGCACCUCUUUCAUUUGUUUACGACCGCGCCAACUCCAGCCCUGCCGAUCAUUACUGCUUAGCUUAUAAUUAGGGGAAUUGAUUUAAUCUUCCUGAGUGUCGGAAUCCUUCAGGCUGGCAGCUUGAGUCCGCGUUUCAGUUCAGCCUCAUUUAUUUCAUCGUUUUCACGCAGGACAUCGGUUCCCCCUUGGUAGAACCGCACGGCACAUGAUACCGUAAACAGAUUUCACUUUGCGGCUGAAGCUUUGACAGGCUUGUUUUUUUCCAACGAUGCUGGCAUAGGGAAGCUUUAUAGCAUUCAGAUUCCAGGAGAGCCAUUCGGGAUUGAACUCUUUGUGUGUGAGUGUGUGUAUGACAUCCUUGUCUUCCUAUAUUACGUGUGGUCUGUCCCUGCAGUGUGCUGCCUCUCUCUGACUGCCUGCCCGCUGUUUUGCUCGUGUCCAGCUCGUUAUGUCCCGUCUGCCUGUCUGUACGUACGCCUUCUUGCAGGUUGCUGAGACCCGCGCGUCCCUGCAGAACUAGCUAUGCUGCUUCUGGGUCAGAACCGUGGCCUCACCUUGGCUGUUCUGUUUCUGUACACCUGGGCCUACUUUCCAACUGAUGCGAUUGGACCCGCCCCUAAAAUUGAUGGGCAGAUGCACUCUGCACUGACACUGAAGGAGAAUGCCACCCACCACUUUAACUGCCAAUCAGAGGGCUUGAGCACUGGAGAUCCUCCCCUGCUCACCUGGUACCUGAAUGGGGAGAGGCAAACACACCCAGGAGGCGAUACUGUGGACCAGCUGGUGGCGGCCUCACAUGAUGGGCCGCGGGCGCCGGAAGGGGGAUCCACGCAAACUAGCACGUUCACCCUACAUGCCAGGAAAUGGGACAGAGAGCUGGUGUGUGUGGCCUCACACCCCCAGACCGGCAGGAGCUACAACGCCACGGUCGUUCUCAACGUCCAGUAUCAGCCGGAGAUUUUGCGAGUAAAUGCCCAUUACAGUGAGACCUCAGACCCUGGCCUGUCCCUAGUUUUGUUUGCUUUGGUACGUUCCAAUCCCCCUGCCACCAUAACCUGGGUGGACCAGGCCGGGCGGCCGGUGGCCAACACCUCUGACUUCUUCAUCCUGGACUCACGCAGCUACCCCUGGCUGACCAAUCACACGCUGCGUGUCUCCCCCAGCAGCCUAACAGGAAAUGUCUCCUUGAAUGCCAGCAAUAGCUUGGGUUCUGCCCAGAGCAACCUCACGCUUGCAGAAUUCCUGCAGUCCCGAGUGGAGGUGCCAUUGCUGGGGAUUGUGACAGGGGGCGCUGUUGGGUUUGUGAUGCUCCUCAUCCUUACCUUAUUUUUAUUUUACCUGAUGCACAAAAACAAGGGGAAAAACAUAGACGAACCAGUGGAGAUGACGAUCCGGAAGAGUGAAUCUGACCAGAUGCAGCUGGACCAUGUUAUUCUGCCCCGGGAGAACAUGUCCCUACCUUCUAACCUGCAGCUCAACGAGCACAGCGCCCUCUGCAAAGCAGGGAUGGGGGAUUCCAGUGCAGGUCCGGGGCAGAAACAGUCCGACGACGACGGGCACGACUUGUUGGCCGCCUACGCUGCCAAAGGGUUUUCCCGAUUCCCCAUGGUGGGCUACAUUUACAAGGUCAACAGCGUGAGUAGCGAUGAAGUUUGGCUGUGAAAGCGCCUCAACCGGAAUACCCGGCAUUCAACGGGAUUCCAAGAAGACCUCCAAAAUGACUAAUCACUCCAAACAAUCAGGACCAGGAGCACUGACUCCUCACCAGACUUAAGGGAUGGUGUGAUAUUUAAGCCCAAGGCUGGAGAUGAAGAGAUACAUUAGUCAAAGUGCCCUCCUGUGAUCAGGGCUAUCUUCUGGAUUCAAUGCAACACCACCACCACCAGGGGGAGCAGUUUAGUAACUAACUGCGGGUCGUCUAUGCAUGAACGCUGCUUUGUUUGCCUAACCCCCUUUCCAUUAGUUAUUAAGAGUGCAGGGUCUGUCUCUACCCUGAGUACUCAUUCUGGUCUAGGAUCAGACGUUUUAACCAUACUUCAAUAAAAUGAUUAAAGACAUAAAGGGCUUUAGUUAUAUAUUUUUUGGGUCAGUAUGUACACACGCUGACCUCAGCACAGCCUUCUCCAAACUUCCUGUUUCUUUGUGGAAUGUUACAUGUAUAUAAUUCUGUGUAUGAUGUCAAAUAAUAUAUUUAUAUAUGAAAGGUAUUAUACUGUGAAUGCUGAAGUACAUAACUGGGAUGAUUAUGUGUAUAUGGUACAAUAAACAUGAGGACCAA